AUGGACAUGGACAUGGACGGAGAGGACGAGAAAAGCGAAGCUGUUGCUGCCAUUGCGACGGAGCGUCGCCAUGCUGAGAAGUACCGGGCCUAUCUGAAGCAGAAGGAACUCCUGGACUCGCUGCACCGGGUGGAAGAGCUGCCCGGCGGCGCUGUGGCCUUGCCCGUGCUGGGCAACCUGGGGGAGAUGCACCUGCAGGAGCUGCGGGAGCGCGUGGCCCCGGGUAGCACCUGCAUGCUCACCCGAAUCCAGGCGCCUCUGCCUUCCAGAAAAGCCCGGGCUUGCACCCCGGGCCUGAAGCUGUGCCAAGACUUGAGGCACUGGUUGCAAAGUCGAGGCCGGGCCUGGUCUGCAGAGCUGCAGGCCGACCUGCCCCGCACCUGGCAGAGACAUGGCGACCUCUUGUUGCUCAGUGAAGACUGUUUCCAAGCCCAGGCGUGGGCAGAUCUGGGGCUUCCAGAACUCUGGGACACCGUGGCCGCGGCCCUGGGCGUGCAACGCCUGGCCAAGCGAGGCCGGGUGGCCCCCGAUGGCGCCCGGACACCGACGGUGACGCUACUGCGAGGCGAUCACGGCUGGGUGCAGCAUGUGGACAAUGGCAUCCGAUACACGUUCGACGUGACCCGGUGCAUGUUCUCGUUCGGGAACAUCACGGAGAAGCUGCGCAUGGCGUCGCUCUCCUGUGCGGGCCAAGUGCUGGUGGAUCUCUAUGCCGGCAUCGGCUAUUUCACCUUGCCCUGCCUGGUGCAUGCUGGUGCCGCCUUCGUGCACGCCUGCGAGUGGAACCCCCAUGCCGAGGCAGCGCUGAGAAGGAAUCUAGAGCUCAACGGUGUAGCAGAUCGGUGCCAGAUUCACUUUGGGGACAACCGGCAGUUGGAGCUGUCAGACGUUGCAGACAGAGUGAUCCUGGGGCUGAUUCCCAGCUCUGAAGAAGGCUGGCCCGUUGCCUGCCAAGUGCUGAGACAGGACACUGGGGGCGUUUUACAUAUCCACCAGAAUGUGGAAUCUUUCCCAGGGAACACCCCCCAGCUUCCUGGAAAGGAUGAAACGGAAAAGGUGCAGCCUUGGCUUUCUUCUCGGGAAACUGCCACCAACCAGUGGGAAAAUGGAGACAGCAGGGAUUCAAGGAGGAAAAUGAGGUUGGCAGCUACCAAGCCAGAGUGGCAGAGGUGGGCACAGCUUGCGGAAACUCGCAUAGCUGGAUUUCUCCAGCAGCUUCAUGGGAAACCGUGGAGGACUAGAAUCCUACACAUCCAGCCAGUGAAAUCCUAUGCUCCCCACGUGGAUCAUAUAGUGCUGGAUCUGGAGUGUCGACCCUGCCCGCUAGUGGGCUAGAGAAGGGUGGAUCUGGAGACAGAACUCUACACGUGAGUUACCUUAGGACAGCAGCUCCGCCAAAUCCUACCCCUCUUGUCUCCUGUUAGUAUUUUA